AUGGCUACUCCCACCCAACCACUGUCGUCCACGACGGUGACGAAUUUACCUCCCGCCUUCAGCCUCCCUUCAGAGGUUGUCGCUUGUCUAAAAAAUGCCCGAUUCCUUCAUCUAGGAACGUGCGACGAAUUAUUUCCUCAUGUCUCACUCAUGAACUACACCUACCUUCCCUCGACACCCUUCACUCCCAAUCCCGUCGUGAUUAUGACCACCAGCCCUUCAUCCAAAAAGACCCAGCACAUGGCCAAGAAUCCCCACGUCAGUCUGCUCGUGCAUGACUGGGUUUCGCAUCGCCCGCCCACUCGUCCUUCAGAUGCCGGUGUUGAGGGUUCUCCUCCUCGUCCCGCUCCGAGAUCUAGUCUGGCGAGCAUGCUUCUCGACCUCAACUCGAGCUCAUUGUCCAGGAUUAGCGCAACCAUCAAUGGCGUCGCGAGGUUAGUGUCACAAGGAAGCGAUGAGGAGGCGUGGUACAAGGCCCUUCAUGUCGAGAACAAUAGCUUUGAGGACCAAGCGCAGGGUGGUGUCGGCUUACAGGGUGCACCGGGCAGCCAAGGCAGCGGCCGAGACUGGACCAUUGAAGGGGAGGAGGUGAGAGUCGUGGUUGUUCAGCCGCAGGACGGAAGCAUCGCAGAUUGGAAGGGCGGUGUCAAGGACUGGUCCUUGGAAGACACAGUGUCGGAGGAUCGAGGCAGACAGCAGCCCUUGGUCAAUGGCGUCUAG